AUGUCGGCAGCUGCUUCAGUGGACAACAAGGCUGCUCACAGCAAUGGAGCCCCGGCUAAAAAGAAGGGACCCGGUGCCCUGGCUACUGCUUAUUUGGUCAUCUACAACGUUGUUAUGACAGCGGGUUGGCUGGUAAUUGCCGUGGGUCUCGUUCGGGCGUACCUGGCCAGAGGAAGCUACCACGGCCUCUACUAUUCCAUCGAGAAGCCCCUCAAGUUCUUUCAGACCGGUGCCAUCUUGGAGAUUGUACACUGUGCUGUUGGGAUUGUGCCCUCUUCCGUCAUCCUGACUUUGUUCCAAGUCACGUCCCGGGUUUUCCUCACCUGGGCCGUCACACAUAGUGUCCGAGAGGUGCAGAACGAGGACAGCGUGCUGCUUUUUGUUAGCGCUUGGACCAUUACCGAGAUCAUCCGCUACUCCUUCUAUACCUUCAGCCUGCUCAACCACUUGCCCUACCUCAUCAAGUGGGCCCGGUACACCUUCUUUAUCGUGCUGUACCCUUUGGGCGUGAGCGGCGAACUGCUAACCAUCUACGCGGCGCUGCCCCACGUACAAAAGACGGGUCUCUACUCGAUCACGCUGCCCAACAAAUACAACUUCUCUUUCGACUAUCACACCUUCCUCGUCUUCUUCAUGAUCUCCUACAUUCCAGUGUUCCCUCAACUCUACUUCCACAUGAUCCGACAAAGGAAGAAGAUUCUGGGCCGCACUGAUGCCUACAGCAAAGUGGAGUGA